AUGGAGCAGCUGUCUCGGAACUACCAAGACCUUUUUCAGUUGUUCCCUGCUGAUGUUCGAAAGGGGUACCUGGAAAGUGCUGUGACACAAGCCAUCCAGCAAGCCAGCUGGACCGUUGUUGCCGACUUUUUGCAGGCGGAGAACCUUGGAAGCCUUUACGAACCGCAGAAGGCGCUGGAAAUUGCACAGGCGACGCUGGAGAGCUUGAUCGGACAAGUUCUGGACAAGCACGAAGCAGCUGGCGGCGACGGCAUGGUGGAAGCAGCUGCUGCCGAGCUUAGUGAGGCGCUGUCCGUAGUCUGUCGGCUUGGUAUGUUCGAGAGCAUUCGAGAGCCAAUUCAUGCCGUGAAGCUUGUCGUAAGUGUCUCCGACGAAAGCCAGAUCAUGGAGAUGCAGCAGGCUCUGACUGCAGUUCUUGGUGGCAUUGACACGCCUGUGUUGAGGGCAGCUCACCACGGAAUCGGGGAGCGUCUGCAAAAGCGCUGCCAGGACAAGGUGGCCCAGCUGACAGCACAGUCUGAUGCAGCAGAAGCUUUGCGUUCAGCUGAGAGAUUUUUCAAGGAGGUCUCCGAAGAGGAAGUGUUGGUCCUCUACCUGGCAAAAGAAGACAUUUCAGCUCCGCCCGAAACCGUCGCAAAGUUCAAGCAGAUCCUGUCGGAAAUCAACGAUGCUUCGAAUCGCUUGGCUGAAGCUUUGAAGGUGGCCGGUGCAGGGACCAAAACAGCCGCUGUGGAAGUCUUUGAGACCUUCGUGGCUACCUUGUGCUCCCGGGCUGUUGAAGGGCUGACCUUGCAGUUUAGCAAGGUCAUCCCUACUUUCGGCAACGAUUCCACCGUGGACAUUUGCGUUGCCACUUUCCUCAAUUCUAUGAGCAGUCACAGGGACGUCAUGACGAUGCUUGCUGGUGACGGUGUGCAGAAGCUGUUGGACGAGAUCAAAGCUACGGUUGUGAAUGAAGUGGACCCACAGGUCACAAACGUUCUGGCCAAGUCCAACACGUUGCAGCAGCUGGUGCAGCUCGUAUCUUCAACGCUGCAGCUGAUGGCCCAGACUGGUGGCGGCGGCAAGAGUUUUCGAGUGUGGCAGAGAGAACUGUCGAACAGUAUCCCAGCUUGGGACCGAAAAAGCUUUUGCAGUUGCCUGGAAACCUUCUGCAAUGCCUGUGCAAAGGUGGACGAACCUUUCCAUGCUAAUAUCGCUGCUCUCGAGGUUGACGGCGCAGAGGACUUCCUGGCCCUGUUGUUGACCACCGUGGACAAAUCACUGCCUGAGCUGUGGCAGAACGCAAAAGUGGAGUUCCAAGUCAAGCUGAUCCAAUCCGCAGAGGCCUUCGCCUCUUACCAGAGCCGCUUCUUGCCGUCACCACAGCGAGUUAACAAGGACUUGUGGCAAAAGCUUGCAGAGCUUCCGGGCCCCAACCACGAGUACCAGGUUCUGACCAAGAUGAGCCCCAUCCUGAAGAUCAGCGCUGACGUCAUGCAGCGUUUGCAGCAGGACUUUGAGUACAACUCGCUGCGAAGCUGCGUGGUGGAAUUCAUCCACUUGCAGCUCAGCAAUGACGAGCCUGACUUGCAGUUGCUCUGUGCUUCAGCAGACAAGGCGACGCAGAAGCUCAAGGAGAGCGGCAGGCAUCAGGAAAAAGAGCUUCUCGACUUCUUCUCCGAGUACAUGCUGGGGCCCAUUUUCGUUGUCAUGGAGAAGACCCUCUGUGCCAUAUUGGAGGAAGCAGUGAAAGCAAUCCCCAACCAGUUUGAGAAGCUCAUUGAAAACCGCAACAUUGUGGCCAUUAAGACCACGUUGUUUCAAAAGGCAACGCACAUCAAGGCCAGUGGUCUCUUGCAGGAUUUGCCUUGGAUUUGGAGGUUCUUCAAGACCGUGAUAAGUUUUAGCUCUUCGCUGUAG